UUGAAGAAGAGACUAAAAAAAACAGAUAGGUAGGUUGGUGAUUAUUUUUUGCCUUGGGUUGUCUUUGUCUUCUUGCCUAACGUCGAGGUCGUUUUUUGCUUGCCCGUUUGCUGACCCUUGAAAAAAAAACUGUAAAGUAACUUCAAAGGGGUCAGCGAUGUUUGUUGAAUUCAGAUAUAGAUAGCGUUUUGUUCAACCUCUAGGGGGUUUCCCCGAAAAUUCCUAUUCCUGCUCGAAGUUCCUUUACACUCGUGAUAAAAUUCCGAUUUCUAGCCAAUUUUAAGUUUGAAGAAUCACCUGUUCUUCUCAUUAAAGAUUUGGCUGGGGAAAAUUCUCGUGAUUUUUCUUGGGAUUUUUUUUUGAAUCUUGUUAGAAGUUCAGAAUACUUGGAAUCUUUCUAUAUGAAUUUUGAUUUUGUUUUGAAGUUUCAUUACUGAAUUCCUAUCUUUUCUAAUUUUCCUCACAAAUCCCAACGUUUUCCAGCCAAAUGACAACGAUGGCAUUCAAAUGGCCGUGGCAAUACGAUUUUCCACCAUUUUUCACGUAAGUUCACCUAUCUCCUCUCAUCUUCCAUUUAUUUUCCUAACCAAAUUCAAAAUAUUCUAGAAUCCAAAAAACGUUGAACACAAAAGAUAAGCAAUUAGAAGCAUGGGCUCGUUUGGUCAUCGAUUAUGCACAACACAAUAAAAUCUAUACAUUGGAUAUUGCUGAGGCGACCACAAGUGAACUAUUUUCGAAUCAUCGACUGAAUCGAAGGCUUUCAACUGAGGGUGUUAAUACGGUUUUGCAGUAUUUGGAACAGAAAAGUUAGUUGGGGGUGGAGCUUAAAAAUAUAUACACUUAAAAUAUUUUUCUGACGAAGUUCAGUAUGUUCAGAUGAAAAAUUUGGGUUUCAAAAAUACAUUUCAAAAAUUUUCACGUCUCUUUUGUCUGAAAUUGUCUAAACUGUGAAAAUCCACCAAAAAUCUCAAUUUCUUCCAGAACUCAUCGAAUACACCGACAGUGGUCGAACACGUUUUCACAUUUUCUGGCGAAGACCCGAUGUUUGGGCAUCGACAAUUUAUCAAUGGGCUGUCGAAAACGCAUUUUUGAACACACCAAUGACUUUGUAUGAGAUAACACACGGUGAUGAUACUGCCAAUGAAUGUGAGCUUGAUUUUUUUGUGGAUUUGAAAUUGAAAAAUUUUUCUUCAUCAUUUGGAUAGAUCCAGAACAUCAGGGCCGAUUAUAAAAAUCGAACCUAAAAAUCUAGAACUUUUGGAAAAAAACAACACUCCGUCUUUUGAACUUUCUGAAAAAGCCUAAAAGGAGCUUCAGAAGGCUUUAGAGAACUUCUAAAAGGUCUAGGGAUCUUGAGUGAUCAAAAAACUCCUCUUAUCAUCUGAUAAACCCAAAAAUCACAUAUUUUUUCAGCUUUCCACAAUUUGGAACGUGAAAUAUUGAUGAAAGCAUUAACAUGUCUACAAGAACAAAAACGAGCUCAAUUGAUGAAUAUUGGAAGCGAAAACGAGGGUGUCAAAUUCCUCUGA